AUGUUUAAGGCCGAGCAAAUGUUUCUUCUGGCCGUUCAAGAGCGACUCGCUCAGCAGUUACUUCCGCAAAAUGAUUUGCAACGAGUUUGGCAAAGCCUAAUGCUCGGUUUACCCGGAAUUUUGCCUCCUCAACUCGCCCUUGCGACCGGUAUGCCCGGUACAAGCCAGACGUUGAUUCAUCCUCUUUUUCAGGUACUACUUUUUAAUAGUUUUAUCGCCUACAUUACUUUAUCUUUCACAGCAAACUUUUUACUCGUUCAUUGUUCAGCGGUCGUUUUUGUUUUUAAUGUGCAUAUUCACUAUUUCCUGUGUGGACUUUUGUUUUAUAUUACCAACGUAAUACCAUCAUACAGAAAUAUUACCAACAUCGGUUUUUGA